GGGACUCUGCUUCACACAUAACAGGGAGGGGUGAGUGGAAUAGCCGACAGAAAGUUUUAGUACCACUUCAUCGGACUCAACAUGAACUACGGAGGAACUGGGACCAUUGUAUAAAUAAUUACAAAUGCCUAGUCACUUACCGUGUCAUAUUUCUGCUGGCGUUUGUGUGUUUAGGUCUACUGAGCGAUAACUCGUGUUAUGGAACAGCAAGUGAGCGAUGAAGAAGAACCUCAACCUGUAGUCCUUAGAGCAGAGAUCCGGAGGAGGAGAAGAAAGAUGAAAGCCUUCACCUCCACCUUCUCCGUGGCUGUGGAUCAGAUAGCCGUCGAGUUCGUCCUCCCCACCACCACUAAGAGUAGCCGCAGCCCGGACACCUUGCUCCUGGAGGUGGCUGGGAACUGGACGGUGGAGCAGGUGAAAGCCCAGGUGUGGCUGAGGGUAGUAGCCACCAACCUGUGCCCCGAGUUCUACCAGAAGUACUCCCCUGACCACUGCAUCCUGCUCUACCAAAAGAAGGGCAACUGGUGUGAGAUCUACGAUAAGCACCAGGUGUUUCAGACCCUGGACUGCGUCCGCUACUGGAAAGCUCUGAAGAAAGAUGUGGGGAAGAUCCACCUGACCUGCCGGCCUCAGCCCUCCGAGGAGUCCACACAGUACCAGAGGUACCUCAACUACCUGAUUGGCUACGAUGUCACCGACGUCAGCAACGUGCACGAUGACGAGCUGGAGUUCACCCGGAGGAAGCUCCUCACACCCCGCAAGAUCGAGCUGUCCGACCGGGACCCCAAACUAUACUCAAUGGACCCUUGGAUCACAUCCAAGCACCUCCCGGAGUACCUGCUCACCAAGGUGACCAACAGCCACAUCCUGCUGGUCAUUCACAGGAACAAGGCCAGCCAGACCAUCAAGGUGUCCAUCGACGACACGCCCGUCCAGGUGCUCCAGACCUUCUUUACGAAGAUCUCCAAUAAGAGGGCUCUGCUAGGAGUUCCUGAGGAUGUUUGUGAGGCAGACUACGUCCUGAGAGUGUGUGGCAGGGAAGAGUAUAUCUAUGGGAACCACCCGGUCAGGGACUUCCACUGGGUCCGACAGUGUCUGAAGAACGGAGAAGAGAUCCAUCUGGUUCUGGAGUCGGCUCCUAAUCCGGGUCAAGACCUAGUCCAGAGAGAGGACUGGGCACAGGUGGAUGACUGUACUGGAGUGGCAGGCACCCAUGAGCAGCUGACGAUCGACGAGAAAGACCACGAGCGGGUCUACACCAUCUCUCUGUGGGACUGUCACAGGAAGUUCAGGGUUAAAGUCCUGGGCAUAGACAUCCCGGCUUUGCCGAGGAACCCUGAGCUGAUCGUGUAUGUGGAGGCCAGUAUCUUCCAUGGCCAGCAGCUCCUGGCUCAGGAGAGGACCUCCUCCAAGGCUUUCACUGAGGAGGUGCUGUGGAACGCCUGGCUGGAGUUCAAUAUACGCAUCAGAGACCUGCCCAAGGGGGCUCGCCUCAGCCUACAGGUGUCCUGUGGGAAGGCCCAGACCCAGAUCUCUAAGGGCACCUCCUCCUACCAGGACAACGGAGGAUCCCCAGGUGGAGGUGGCAGUGGCAGCCAUGAUGGUAGCAAGACUAAGAGUCGUCUGCUGUACUACGUCAACCUACUGCUGGUGGACCACCGCUCGCUGCUGCGCCAGGGAGAGUUCAUCCUCCACAUGUGGAAGAUGCCUGAGAAGACCGAGGACAACAGCAGCGUCAAUGCAGACAAGCUGACCUCAGCCACCAACCCAGACAAGGCCUCCUCCAUGGCCGUAGCCAUCCUGCUGGACAAGUACUGCUACCCAGUAGCCCUGCCCAAGAGCAGGGACGGCAAGGCUGCUGGAGGGGAGGGGAGAGAGGCCGAGGGAGGGAAGAGGGGGCAAAGGGAGAUGCCUAACCACCUGAGGAAGCAGUUCGAGGUAAUUGUUGAGACUGAUCCACUGCACCCUCUCAGCCAAGAAGACAAAGAGCUGCUGUGGCACUUCAGAGAGGAGUGUAUGCGUCACCCCAGGGCAUACCCCAAGCUGCUGGGCUCUGUGCUGUGGGGUAGACAGGAGGCUGUCCUGGCCACUCAUAGGCUGCUGGAGAGGAGCUCUGUGUGGGACCGUAGUGUGCUGGAUGUGGGCCUGGCCAUGCAGCUGUUAGACUGCCACUACUCUGAUGCUCACGUCCGCUCCAUGGCCGUACGCAAGCUGGAGACCCUGGGGGACGACGACGUCCUGAGGUACCUACUGCAGCUGGUCCAGGCUGUGAAGUUUGAGCCGUACCAUGACAGUGCCCUGGCCAGGUUCCUGCUGAAGAGAGCUCUCAGGAGUAAGAGGAUAGGUCAUUUCCUUUUCUGGUUCCUGAGGAGUGAGAUCGCCCAGUCCAUGCACUACCAGCAGAGGUACGCUGUGCUGCUGGAAGCCUACCUCCGAGGCUGUGGAGAGGACAUGCUGCAGGACUUCAGGCGCCAGGUGGAGAUGACAGAAGCCCUGCAGAAAGUCACCAGGGAGAUCAAGGCCAUGUCUGCUGAGAAAUAUGAUGUUUCUGCACAAGUUGUGUUCCAGCUGCGUCAGAAGCUGGAGAACCUGCAGACGUCUGGGCUGCCAGAGAGCUUCAGAGUGCCCUAUGACCCGGGUCUACGGGCUGGUGCUCUGGUGAUAGAGCAGUGUAAGGUGAUGGCCUCUAAGAAGAGACCGCUGUGGCUGCAGUUUAAGAGGGCUGACCCCACCACCCUGUCCAGUGACACCAUCGGGGUCAUCUUUAAGGACGGGGAUGACCUCAGGCAGGACAUGCUCAUUCUACAGAUUCUGCUGAUCAUGGAGUCCAUAUGGGAGGAAGAGUCUUUGGACUUGUCCUUACUGCCCUACGGCUGUAUCUCUACUGGAAAUAAAAUAGGGAUGAUUGAGAUAGUGAAGGAUGCCACCACUAUUGCCAACAUCCAGCAGAGCGUUGUGGGAAGCACAGGAGCGUUCAAGGACGAGAUCCUCAACCAAUGGCUGCGGGACAAGUGUGUGAGCGAGGAAAAGUUCCAGCAGGCGGUGGAGAGGUUUGUGUUCUCCUGUGGAGGGUACUGUGUGGCCACCUACGUGCUGGGGGUAGGAGACAGACACAACGACAACAUCAUGAUCACUGAAUCUGGUAACCUGUUCCACAUAGACUUUGGCCACAUAUUGGGGAACUAUAAGAGUUUCCUGGGUAUCAGUAAGGAGAGGGUUCCCUUCGUCCUCACCCCUGACUUCCUCUAUGUCAUGGGCACAUCAGGGAAGAAGAGCAGCCCACAUUUCCAGAAGUUCCAGGAUGUCUGUGUGCGGGCCUACCUGGCUCUGAGGCAUCACACCAACCUCCUCGUCAUCCUGUUCUCCAUGAUGCUGAUGACAGGCAUGCCUCAGCUCACCAGCAAAGAAGACAUCGAGUACAUCCGCGAAGCGCUGACUGUGGGCCGGCCGGAGGAGGAGGCACAGCGCCACCUGCUGGACCAGAUAGAGAUCUGCAGGGACAAGGGCUGGACCGUGCAGUUCAACUGGUUCCUACACCUGGUGCUGGGCAUCAAGCAGGGGGUGGAUAAACGCUCGGCUUAGGGGGCUCCCCUUGUGGUGCCAAUGGCUUAGUGGGCUGGCAACACCAGUGUGAUGGGUUCGAAUCCCACAAGGGCCACAUAUGUGAUAACUGCAAACCACUUUAGGUACAAUUACUAUGUUGAUUAGACUCCCAAAUAAGGAGAGGGAGAUAUAGUCAAAGACCAAAGUCUGGUUCUAAAAGUUUGUCAACCCUUCUCAAUUAUGUAAGCAGCUGUUCCAAUACAUUACUCAUUGACUGUACCAUGGACUGUAUACAGUACCAGUCUUAUUUUUGCACUUUCAAGAUCAAAACCUGAUCUUACCAUAUGUUUAUGAGUUAUACAUAAAUAUUGACUCCUGUUCGCUUCCUAAUGCACUGAAUCCGAUUGUAUCAUCUGUUAAUAUAACAUCAGACUUGCAUGACUGAUGGUGGCAAUACCAUAAUAAACCUGAUCGUAGAGAAAUAUAGUUAUAUAUGACCUCCCGUCGCUAGAGGGCGACAUGCAGAUUUUAAACUGAGUGAUUUACCAACACCAUCAGAGGAAGAGGUAUCUAGGAAUCCAAAGGAAGCUUUUCCACACCAAGCCUCUCUCCAUCUCUCAGGUCUUUGGUAUGGGGAUGCGGUUGCAGCCUCGGUGUCUGCAGCUGGACUCCGUACUGCAGACAGUGAGUGUCCUGGAGGCUGUGAUCCGGAGGAGCUUUGGUCCUGAUGGAGGACAGGUGCUGUUCACACGGGACACGGGGCAAACUCUGCUGACACGCCACGGAACACGCAUCCUCACAGCCCUGCGGGUGGAACACCCGCUGGCCAGGAUGGUGGUGGAGUGCGUGAGGAGACACAGCUCGGUGACAGGAGAUGGCUCCAAGACCUUCGUCCUGCUGCUCACCUCAUUGCUACGGGAGAUACAGAAACACACCCGAAAAGCCCGCCAGGAAGGCGCAGGCGCCAAGCGUUUGGCUGAAGCUCUGUUGGCCUUCGGAUUGGACGAGCUGAGUGAUCUCAUCACUGUUGCAGUGGCUCCACAUGGCUCCUCCCUUUCAGACCCACACACCCCAGGACAAACAGACACACACACUCUGUGCCGCCUACUCAGUGCUUUCCUUCACACCCGGAUCAGCCCUACUCAUGCUGAAAUCAUCAGCCAACUGACCUGUGAGCUGCUCUCGCAUUGGAGCUGCCAUGGCGACUUCAUUAACGAACACUUCCCUGCUCUGCACACAGCAGUAUCAGGCUUCCCUAUUGGCUGUUCCCGUCUCCUGGAGGGCCAGGUCAUACAUGCAGAUUUCUCUACACCCCUCCCACUCCGCGACCAUAGACCAAUCAGGGCCCUAGCGGUGACAGAACCCCUAGAACCCAGCCUGCUGAUUGAUGGAACUGUGCUAGAGCUGGGUGGGGCUAAUAGAGAGAUAGAAAGUGUGUGUGUGAGAUUAGGGAGGAGGUUAGACAGUGUGUGUGUCAUUCUACAGCAUCUAGGAGUGUCUCUGCUCCUCUCAUCAGUCAGACAGUCGGAGGCCUUCCUGGCUGCAGUGGGGAGGUAUGGGGUGUGUGUGUUAGAGUGUGUGUGUGAAGACGACCUCACCUUGUUCUCUGUGCUCAGUGGAGCCCAACCUGUCUCAGACUGGGCUGUGAUUGGACAGGAACACGUUGCUACGGUUACCUUCUGCCGGCCGCUGGUGCUGGGAGCUCACAGGUUCGUCAAUGUGGGGUUUCCUAAGGCAGAGGACAGGGGCAGACCCCACAGUCUGGUUGUGUGUGGACUGACCGAGGGCCAGACGGAACAAAGUGUGUGUGCUGUACGAGAUGCUCUACACAUGCUGCAUACUACCUGGGGCCCCAAACACAGGACUAGAGCUACAGAGAGAACGGCACGCACAGACGUGAUGGAGCCUUGUGUCAUUUCCGUGGGCGGGACUUUUGAGUUCCUGUUACACCACACACUCCUACAGCGCAAACACGGACACACACACUCUGUCACAAACAGUCACACACACACUCCGUCACACACAGACAUGCACACUCUGUCACACACAGACACGCACACUCUUUCACACAUAAACAUGCACACUCUGUCACACACAGACACGCACACUCAGUCAAACGCAGACACACACACACUGUCACACUUGGACACCCCUGCCGUCUCGGGGAUGCUAGCAGAGGCCCUACUGAGUGUGCCCAGACAGAUCUACUCCCACAAUCCUCGGCACUACCUGGAGGCUCACGCACACACUCUCAGUUGCGUGCAUAACCAUGGUAACUCUACGGACCCGCCGGAAAUUAGUGCUGUUCUGGUAGCGGAUGGUUCUAAUAUGGUCCAGGCUGACACUGGGUCAGGGUCUAUGUCUGGGUCAGGAUCUGGGUCAGGGGUAAAGGAGGUGACAGUUUGGUCAAGCUCUGGCUCUAGUUCAGGUGUGGAGUCAGUGUCCUGUAAGUAUCAACUGAUCCUGGCUGUUCUACAGUGUCUCAGGAGUCUACUGUCUGUGGACACUGUACUACACGCUAAUACCUCACACGCCUGUCAGAGAGAAGAGGAGGAGGGUGACUGAGAACUCAUACUUGAAUUCCUUUGUGUUUUAGUUUUAUUGUUCAUCCAAAUGUUUCAUAUUCACUUCUUGAAAAAGCCAUCUAUUUGUUUGGUAUGUCUUUGCAGAUGAAUUUGUAUGGUAGUAAAAUCUGAUUUUUAUUUGAUGAAAAAGGAGUGUGGUUGUGUUACAUUGUUACAGCGACAGGAGAGAUCAGUUUCCUUCAUCGCCUCUCCUCCGCUCCAUUGUAGAGAAAACACUCUGCCCAACCCAGACGUUUUAUUAUUCAUUCACUUCUAAGCAGGUCAGUUGCUGUGUUUGUAUCAAUUACAAAUGGAAUCUCCUUGUGAAAUAAAGGUUAACAGUCUAGGCCCACA